AUGCAAUACGCCGAAGAUGUAUUAUCUCACACAGACGGCGAAACCCAAAUCCAAAACACUAUGCUACUUCUAGUUUUUGCUCAUCAACAUGCUACCGGAAAUUCUGAUAUUACAGUUGCUAUACAGAUGCCCGACUAUGUCCGUCUAGAUGAUCUACAAGAGGGGCUUGAUACAAGUACGCCCAAUGGGUCCGAGGUGGCUGUGCUCAACCGGCAAGCUCAGUUGCGAAGAAUCUCAGCAAAGGUCCAUGAACAGCUCUAUGGAAGACGCGACGCCACCAACACCAGCUUCCAAACCAAGGCCGAAGCUGCCACUCUGCUAAAUGCGGAACUAGACCAGUGGCAUAUCACACAUGUGGAAAUCAGCACGAUACCUCAUUCCCCCUGCAUCUUUCACACAAGGGAAUAUAUGGAUGUGAAUUUUUACCGAGAGAGGCUUUUCAUCUACUCUGCUUUGGUGGUUCCGACGGGACAAGAGGCGCAUUCGUUUAAGCCUGAUGUGACAUACCUCAGACUCUGCUUGGAUCCAGCCGUUCAAAUCAUUUUCCUCUAUCAAACCCUGCUAGUCAAGGGUGUCAAGACGGUCCUGUGGACAUGGAUCCAAGAUAUUCUGCGCUCGGGAUUCAUGAUUCUGUACUGUGGCAUCCAUAUAUCAAAUAUUCUUAACAGCCGGGAAGAAAUUACUUCAUCGAUAACCACGGAUCACAUCCCAGAGCCUUCUUCAGUCAUCAAGGCUCUCGAUGAUUGUCGACAAAUGCUCAAGGACAUUUCACUAAAAUGGACCGCAGUAACUCCGCAUUGGGUGGCAUUCGACCGGCUAUCCUGCGAAGUAAGAAAGCUCAUUGAGAAUAGUUCGGUCCCAGAGACCUCGCAAAGCAGGCAGGGCGUGGGAGAUGACGAGAUCGCCAUGAAUCUUGCAACGAGUCAAGGACUUUGGGACGUGCCAAUGGACAUUUCGUACUGGGAUGAUCUUCUCGAGGGAGAUGUGAAUAUGAAUGAGGUGUUUGGGUUUGAUAUGAAUACAUUUUUGUAG